AUUGUAGUGUUUGUCCGAUAUAGGGUUGGACCGUCCAUUAUUGUGUGUUUCAAUUGUAAUUCCAUUGCAUAAGUGUUCAUCCGAUGUGAGGUUGGAGUUCAUCAUGUCACCUAAUUACAAUUACAUGGUAGUGUUUGCUCAAUGUGGUGUGACUGUUGCAGUGUUCCUGGAUGUGGUGAGGCUUACCGCCCUGUAAUAUAAAAGCUAUAUGUCGUAUCUUCCGAAACAUUAAGCAUUAUGUUAUUACAUUGUCUUCUCCACACUGGCAGCGUUACCAGAGAGCAGAGGAGGUUUCUUAACAGUUGACAAAUGCUAUAAAGUUGAAUGUAAACACCAAACUGGAAUCGGAAUUUUGACUUCAGCUUUGAGUUAUGAGGAAGCUCAAACCAUCAUUCUUCACUUCCCAUCCUAUUAAGUCACUUGUCAACAUCCUCUCUUCUCAAAACGCUAACCCUGAAGUCAAUUUAAGCAGCUCUUCCACUUUCAUCACUCUCCUAAAAUCUUGCAUUUCUUUAAACCUCUUUACAUUAGGUCUCUCAUUACACCAGCAAGUUUUCGUUAAUGGUUUAUCUUUAGAUCCUUAUAUUUCCUCCUCUUUGAUCAGUUUUUACUCCAAAUUUGGUCGAGCAAAAAUCGCGCGGAGAGUGUUUGAUUUAAUGCCUCAUAAAGACGUGUAUGCUUGGACUGGAAUCAUUGGCUGUUACUCUCGUGCUGGGGAUGUUAACAUGUCGUUUUGUAUGUUUAAUCAAAUGCGAAUUAAUCGGAUUGAACCUAGUGCGGUAACUUUGUUAGGAAUGGUAUGUGGGGUGUUGGAGCUUAAACAUGUGAAGUGUUUGCAUUGUUGUGUUGUUUUGUAUGGUUUUGAGAUCAACAUGUCUCUGGUUAAUUCUAUGAUCAAUGUGUACGGUAAAUGCGGGAGUGUUGAGGAUGCAAGGGACUUGUUUGAAAAGAUGGAUAAAAGGGAUUUAAUUUCGUGGAAUUCGUUAAUUUCAGGGUAUGCUCAAGUUGGUAAUGUUAGAGAAAUAUUUCGGCUUUUGUAUAGAAUGAGAAUUGAAGGUGUGGAUCCUGAUCAUCAGACAUUUGGGUCUCUUUUGUCUGCAAAUGUAACAGAGAAUGAUCUUGAAUUGGGAAAGUUGGUCCACGGACAGACUAUGAGGGCAGGGUUUCACUUGGAUACACACAUUGUAACUUCGCUUAUAGUUAUGUAUAUGAAAUGCGGAAAUGUUAAUGUUGCAUUUCGAAUUUUCGAACAGAUGCAAGAGAAGGAUGUUGUUUUAUGGACUGCAAUGAUAUCUGGGCUUGUGCAGAAUGAUUGUGCUGACAAGGCACUUUUAAUCUUCUCUGAGAUGUUAAAGUCAAGAAUAGAGCCAUCUAAUUCCACAAUAGGUAGUGCUCUUUCAGCUUGUGCACAAUUGGGUUCCUUGGAUUUUGGGACCUCCAUUCAUGGAUACAUAAUAAGACAAGAGACGACACUGGACAUCCCUGCCCAAAAUUCUCUUAUAACCAUGUAUGCAAAAUGUGGUCAGUUGGAGCAGAGUUGUACUGUUUUUGAUCGGAUGGGUGGAAGAGAUUUGGUUUCAUGGAAUGCAAUAAUAGCUGGAUAUGCUCAGAACAACCAUUUGUCAAAGGCUUUCUUCCUCUUUACUGAAAUGAGGGCAACCCUUCAACAACCUAACUCAAUAACAGUUCUUUCCCUCCUCCAAGCUUGUGCUUCCGUUGGGGCACUUCACCUGGGAAAGUGGGUCCACAAUAUUGUGGUCAGGAGUUGCCUAAGACCAUGCAUCUUGGUUGAUACAGCUCUGGUUGACAUGUACUGCAAAUGUGGUGACUUAGAUUCUGCUCAAAAGUGUUUUGAUGUGAUGACGCAACAUGAUGUGGUUUCAUGGAGCACAAUCAUAGCCGGAUAUGGUUCACAUGGCAAAGGAGAGAUUGCUUUGAGGAUGUAUGAAGAGUUUCUACUGACUCGGUUUGAACCAAACCAUGUGAUGUUCCUUGCAGUUCUCUCUGCAUGUAGUCAUAAAGGGUUUGUCCAGCAGGGUCUGAACAUAUUCAAAUCAAUUAGUAGAGAUUUUGGGUUUGAAGCUAAGCUUGAACAUCAUGCAUGCGUCAUUGAUAUCCUCUGUCGGGCUGGUAGGGUUGAGGAAGCAUAUGACUUAUAUAAGAGAAAUUUCUCAUACCCUUCAGUAGAAGUUUUAGGCAUACUCCUUGAUGCUUGUCGGGCCACUUGUAACAUGAAACUUAGUAAAAUUAUUGCCAAUGAUGUUCUCAUGUUGAGGCCUACAGAUGCGGGAAACUAUGUUCAACUAGCACACUGCUAUGCUUCACUGGAUAGAUGGGAAGGAGUAGGUGAAGCAUGGACCCUAAUGAGGUCUCUUGGCCUGAGAAAACUCCCCGGUUGGAGUUUUAUUGAACUAAAUGGGGUGAUAACAACUUUUUUUAUGGAUCAUAGUUCACAUCCCCAGUUUGAAGAACUAGUAUUUGUAUUAAAAACCUUGAAUAAGUUAAUGAGGAAAAUGGCUAUCAAUUUCAACGUCAGUUAAUUCAUGAUAUAUCCUUAAAAAAAUUUUAUGUUAGAGAUUAUGAUUAUUUAGAAACAACUCUCGAUUGGGAGGCUCCUGAGAAACAGCUUCCACUGCCUACAUAAUUGUUAUUCAUUGGCACUUGCCAUAUAAUGGGAUAUGGAACUUUUGGCUUCUGAUCAACACUGAAAAAUAACUUGUAUAGUUGCAGAAAGAGUAGUAUUGGUGAAGCAUAGAUGCUGAGUUAUAGCUUAUGAGUAGUGGCUUGAGAGUUGAACACAGACUGCAUAAUUUUUUGCUGGGAACCAGAACCCAUAACAGAUCACAUUCUUUCUAACAUCAAAAGCUGUACAAGGAAUUCUGUUACAUCAGAAGUUAGCUGAAAUCAAGACUACAUAUCACAACGACCUAGUUCAAAUUAAAUGUGUUUUGAAAUAAAGGCUGAUCGGGAGAAAAAUAGAGGGCAGAUCAGAAAAGUCAGAGGACCCUUCCCUUGGUAAUUCUUUUUAUGUGAAUCAUUCUUGUAUUCUCAACAUGGUAGGGCACUAAAAGAGUACGUUUUUGCACAUUACACAUCUACCUCAUUACUUUAUACUUAAUGUAUCGAAUCAUUUAUUUUGAAGUGCAGAGACUUCAUUGUUGGUGUUUCACAAAGAAGAAACUGUAGCUGUACCAAAUUAAAUUGCAGUUCUUAGUUGCA